GGACUGUGGUGAGAAAAAUGGCGGCGACUCUGGAUCCUUCGGGGUGGUGGCGGCGGUGGCGGUGGCGGUGGCGGCGGCAUUUGUCGGCUCGGGAUGGGUCCAAGAUGUUGCUCCUUCUCCUUUUGUUGGGGUUUGGGCAGGGGCCCCGAAAAGUCGGGGCGGGUCAGACGUUCGAGUACCUGAAACGGGAGCACUCGCUGUCGAAGCCCUACCAGGGUGUGGGCACCAGCAGUUCCUCACUGUGGAAUCUGAUGGGCAACGCCAUGGUGAUGACCCAGUAUAUCCGCCUUACCCCAGAUAUGCAAAGUAAACAGGGUGCCCUGUGGAACCGGGUGCCUUGUUUCCUGAGAGACUGGGAGUUGCAGGUGCACUUCAAAAUCCAUGGACAAGGGAAGAAGAAUCUGCAUGGGGAUGGCUUGGCAAUCUGGUACACAAAGGAUCGAAUGCAGUCAGGGCCUGUGUUUGGAAACAUGGACAAAUUUGUGGGGCUGGGAGUAUUUGUAGACACCUACCCCAAUGAGGAGAAGCAGCAAGAGGCCCAGAAGAGACGAUAUUCUCCAGGAGCCCAGCGGGUGUUCCCCUACAUCUCAGCCAUGGUGAACAAUGGCUCCCUCAGCUAUGAUCAUGAGCGGGAUGGGCGGCCGACAGAGCUGGGGGGCUGUACGGCCAUUGUCCGAAAUCUCCAUUAUGACACCUUCCUUGUGAUUCGAUAUGUCAAGAGGCAUUUGACGGUAAUGAUGGACAUUGAUGGCAAGCACGAGUGGAGGGACUGCAUUGAGGUGCCUGGGGUCCGCCUGCCCCGGGGCUACUACUUUGGCACCUCCUCUAUCACUGGGGAUCUCUCAGACAACCAUGACAUUGUUUCCCUGAAGCUGUUUGAGCUGACUGUGGAAAGAACCCCCGAAGAGGAGAAGCUGCAUCGAGAUGUGUUCUUACCCUCGGUGGACAACAUGAAGCUGCCUGAAAUGACAGCCCCGCUGCCGCCCCUGAGUGGCUUGGCCCUCUUCCUCAUCGUCUUCUUCUCUCUGGUGUUUUCCGUAUUUGCCAUUGUCAUUGGGAUCAUACUCUACAACAAGUGGCAGGAACAGAGCCGAAAGCGUUUCUACUGAGCCAUCCUGCUGCCCACCCCUGUGGCAGGAGGUGUGGGAGGAGCAGCUGCUGGCCUGACCACACAGUCCAGCGGUCUUCUCCAUUCUCCAGCAGCUGUCAGGAACUGUGUUCUGUCACGGUAUUCCCAUGGUCAUCCAUGAGGACUUCUAACUGGUUCAGGAAGCCCACCCACCCCAGGGCAAUGCUGCUGUGAUGUGCCUUUCCCUGCAGUCCGGCCAUUGGGAGCUCCGAGGGGUGGAGAUGGCAUCUGCUGUUAGAUGCAAGAUCACAGAAAAGAACUUCCUAGCCCAGGCUGCCUUGGUGUCGGACUCAGGACCCUCGUGCUUCUGUUUAAGAACGGAAAACUGGUAUCUCCUCAUACUUUUCUACCAUCCAUUCAUUGGUUUUUGCUUUUUAUCUAAGCCUCUGUCCACCUGUGGAGCUCUCUUUUGGAAAUCUGGAUGGAAAUUUCUUCCCUGCCUCGCCUUCCUCUCCCUUCUUUUUUUGUCCUCUCCAAAUGCAGCCUGAGCUCGAGAAGACAUUUGAUGCCUCUCUGUUGGGCCUGGGGCUGUAGAACAAACAUGCUGCCCUGACCCUCAUUAGAUGUCCACAGGGAGAGGGCUUUCUGCUUCGGCCCGCUGCUCUAGCCUUUGCUUGUCAGCGUGGAUCCUGGUUGGUAACAAGUUUGUGACCUUCCCAAUUAGGCCCUCAGUCUUGUUUGGCUGGAAGUCAGUGUGCAAGUCAAGAGAAUCUUGGAAGAUCUCAUGGAUGCGGUGGGAUUAACUGUGACACUGACUUGCUCUAGGUUUUGAUACCAAAAGCAACAUUUGCCAAGUGAUCUGACCACAUGGAGAUGUUUCUGGACCAUCUGGAGCCUGCUUAGCUGCAUGUUUUGUGUCUGUCAUGAUCUUUGGAAUCCCACUUUGAGUGUUCAAAAUGUAAGGAACUUUUCUUACAGCCUCAGCCUGGAUACUCCCCAGGAGGAAAUCUGGCUUCUUUUUCUUAAUGGAGAAGAAACAGUUGCUGUUCUCAUUUACAAAUCUGGGGUCAGUAGGCCCUCAUCAUCUGUGCCUGGAAGGGUUUGUUGUCAUUGAGCAAUAGAGCCUCAGUGUCAUCCUCCAGGGGUCCGCCCUUAUUCCACUGCCUUAUUGGACAAGGGUCACUCACCGCUCUGCUCAUCUGUCGGCCCCAUGAUGAAACUGGCUAAUAGAGGGCCCAGAACGGAGCUUUCCUAGCUGUGUCCUUCUGUAGCCUAAGUGAAAUUCAUAAAAUGGCUGAUGGAAACCAAACACAAGCUUCUGACUCAGUGUUCUUCCUUCUAGGGGUGGGUUUGGAGAAGGGUUCAGGCCUUUUUGCUGAGCCUGUCAGUCCUUGCUCUGCCUUCUCCUCCGUUGGGAAAUCAGCUCAACCCAGAAGGAGGGUCAUCAUAGCUGGGUAUGGGUCUCUGUUCUCUUAGGCUUUCUUAUAGCCUUCCCAGGUGCCUAAUUAAGUAUCAUGGGUGGUAAUACUCCUCUGCACAUGGGGUUAAGAUGGGAUCCUUCUAACCCCUUCCCCACAACAGCAGGGCAGCUCCA